GGGCCGGCGCGCGCCGGGAGGGAGAGCUGGGAUUUGGGCCGCGGCGGGAGCCCGAGUCGGCGUCACUCGAGUGCGCAGGCGCCUGGCGGUUACCGGUCUCGCCAUGGAGCGGAAAGUGCUCGCGCUCCAGGCCCGAAAGAAAAGGACCAAGGCCAAGAAGGACAAAGCCCAAAGGAAGCCUGAAACUCAGCACCGAGGCUCUGCACCCCACUCCGAGAGCGACAUCCCAGAGCAGGAGGAGGAGAUUCUGGGGUCUGACGAUGACGAGCAGGAGGACCCCAAUGACUAUUGUAAAGGAGGUUAUCAUCUUGUAAAAAUUGGAGAUCUAUUUAAUGGGAGAUACCAUGUGAUUCGAAAAUUGGGCUGGGGACACUUUUCCACAGUGUGGUUAUCAUGGGAUAUUCAGGGAAAGAAGUUUGUAGCAAUGAAAGUAGUUAAAAGUGCUGAACAUUACACAGAAACAGCACUAGAUGAAAUCCGGCUGCUGAAAUCGGUUCGCAACUCAGACCCAAAUGAUCCAAAUGGAGAAAUGGUUGUUCAACUACUAGAUGACUUUAAAAUAUCAGGCGUUAAUGGAACACAUAUCUGCAUGGUGUUUGAGGUUUUGGGGCAUCAUCUUCUCAAGUGGAUCAUCAAGUCCAACUAUCAGGGGCUUCCGCUGCCUUGUGUCAAAAAAAUUAUUCAGCAAGUGCUACAGGGCCUGGAUUAUUUACACACCAAGUGCCGGAUCAUUCACACUGACAUCAAACCAGAGAACAUCUUGUUGUCUGUGAAUGAGCAGUACAUUCGAAGGCUGGCUGCAGAGGCCACAGAGUGGCAACGGUCAGGAGCUCCCCCACCGUCGGGGUCUGCAGUCAGCACUGCCCCACAGCCUAAGCCGGCUGACAGAAUGUCAAAGAAUAAGAAGAAGAAGUUGAAGAAGAAGCAGAAGCGCCAGGCAGAAUUACUAGAGAAGCGGAUGCAGGAAAUUGAGGAAAUGGAGAAAGAGUCGAGCCCUGGGCAAAAAAGACCUAACAAGCAAGAAGACUCAGAGAGUCCUGUUGAAAGACCCUUGACAGAGAACCCACCUAAUAAAAUGACCCAAGAGAAACUUGAAGAGUCAAAUUCCAAUGGCCAGGACCAGACACUCACGGAGCCUGGUGGAGAGGGUGGUGCGCCAGAGAUUAAUUGCAAUGGAGUGAUUGGAGUCGUUAAUUACCCUGAGAACAGUAAUAAUGAGACACUGAGGCUUAAAGAGGAUCUGCAUAAUGCUAAUGACUGUGAUGUCCACACUUUGAAGCAGGAACCUAGUUUCCUAAACUCUUCAAAUGGAGACAGCAGUCCAUCUCAAGACACAGACUCUUGCACACCCACGGCCUCUGAGGUGCCUGAGACCAUGGUGUGCCAGUCCUCUGUAGAGCAGUCACUCACCCACCAGGACAUGACCCACCUCCAGGAGAGCAUCCGGGCAGACACACCUUCUGGGGAUGAGCAGGGGCACAAUGGAGCCCUGGACAGCAAAGGAAAAUUCUCUGCUGGAAAUUUUCUUAUUAAUCCCCUUGAGCCAAAAAAUGCAGAGAAGCUCAAAGUGAAGAUUGCUGACCUUGGGAAUGCCUGCUGGGUGCACAAGCAUUUCACUGAAGAUAUCCAGACUCGGCAGUACCGGUCUUUGGAAGUCCUGCUAGGAUCUGGCUACAACACCCCUGCUGACAUCUGGAGCACUGCGUGCAUGGCCUUUGAACUAGCCACAGGGGACUAUUUGUUUGAGCCUCAUUCAGGGGAGGAUUACACUCGAGAUGAAGACCACAUCGCCCUGAUCAUAGAACUUCUGGGGAAGGUGCCUCGCAAGCUCAUUGUGGCAGGAAAAUACUCCAAGGAAUUUUUCACCAAAAAAGGUGACCUGAAACACAUCACCAAGCUGAAGCCUUGGGGUCUGCUGGAGGUUCUGGUGGAGAAAUAUGAGUGGCCUCAGGAGGAGGCUGCCGGCUUCACGGAUUUCCUGCUGCCCAUGCUGGAGCUUAUGCCUGAGAAGAGAGCCACUGCUGCUGAGUGUCUCCGGCAUCCUUGGCUAAACUCCUAAGCCAGUCCUGCCACUGCAGCAGAGCUCAUCAGAUGGACCUUCCCUCCAGCCCACCCCUCAAACUUCCUUCUCCUUUUUCAGGGCAAAGCUCUUUCCUUCAAGGGUUUCUAUUUUUUUUUUUUAAAUCCAACAUGUUCAUUUGGGUUUGCUUCCUUGAUCCUGUGGAAAUCCCCACAGCCAUUGGGCAUCCUAGGUGAAUUUGGCCUUGGUUGGGCUCUGCCAAAGACUAAAAGUGUGAACAGCCUCACCCUCUGCCCGCCAUCUCAUUAGGUUGUCAGCCCUUCUAAGAAGAGCUGUGAAGAGCUGUGAGCCCAUCCUCUUUAUUCACUGACUCUGAGAGUCACAUUUUUUCGUGCACGUCCGCCGCCAGCACAAGAUUGAGGAGGGGAGGGUGUGGAUUCUGUGAACAGCAGAGACAUUAAAUGCGCUGUAUCCAGGCUACAUCAUCUUCCUGGAUUCUAUC